AGUACUGCGAACAAGAUGGCUGCAACUGGACUGUACAAAAUGGGUGACGGAAGCAGCUAUGCAACUAACUGCUUCCCUGCCAGGAACAUUUUGCGCACAAACAAAGAAGGGGCUGGGUGCUGGCUGCUGGCACGCAGAACUACCAGGAGGGCCCGGAUCGAGCAGGGAAUCCCUGGAGAGAAGCAUCAGAAGAGGAGAAAGCCCCAAAGUUCGGCCUCUGCAGAAGAAGACAAUAUCCUAGAUGAGCCAUUUCUGAUGAAGCAUCACUGUUUGAAGAACCCUUCUGACUUGUGCUCUGUGAAUAUAAGCAACCAAAAUCUGGUCUCUGCUAAAGAAGAUGAUUUUGAGAAAUUUGACUGUGUUGCUUUUAUAAACGCUGCAGAAAACCUGUUGACAUUAGAGGCAUUUCGGAAGUUUCCAGAACUGCGGGAACUGGAACUUUCCUUGAAUGGACUAAGAAAUCUGAAAAUCACUGCUGGAGACUUCCUGCAUUUGGAAGGUCUGGACCUCUCAUACAAUAAUUUAUCCCCUGAGGAUAUUUGGACUUUGGGAGAUUUGUCCCAACUCAAGGUCCUUCACUUGACGGCCAACGGGCUUCGGUCGCUGCCUCCUGACCUGGCAGGCUCGUGGGACUCUGCUCAUUUAAGGUUUCCGUCUCUAGAGGUCUUGUUGCUGGAUGACAAUCGCCUGUCAGACCCGUGUGUCUUUGUGAGCCUGUCUAAUCUCUGCAGCCUGAGGGAACUGAAUCUGGACAAGAAUGAGAUUUCAGCUGUCCCCUACCUGCAUCAAGCAGAGAGCACACACUUCUUCCUCCACCCGGCGCUGGAUGACAACAGCUUCAGAGCAGAGUGGUACAAGUCCCUGAGCAGCCUCAGGCAGGAGGCCCAGCCACCACAGCGCAAGGGCACAGACGGGCCAGCAGAGCUGGAGGCGAAGAAAGAGCAGCUCGAAUAUGUCGUGUUACAGAACACCAGGCAUCCAGACCGGACAGAGGUCGUUUUUAAUUCUGGCUCUCAAGAACGCCCAGUGCCGGGCGUUCCUGGGGAUGGAUGUCCUUCUGCCUCAAAGACUCUGCCCGCUCCCGCCGCACGCAGAGACAUUUGUGCUCCCUUUCCUGAACUGAAGCAUCUCAGCUUGGCCUUCAACAAGAUUGAAGAGGAGACAGAUCUCUUACCUGUGGCUUUCUUCCCGUGUCUGAAGGAGCUGACGUUUCACAGCAACCCUCUUACCACCACCCGGAGCGGGCAACCGCCUCUGCUGACGAGGCUCCUCCAGGAAAAUUUGGGGAUUAAACUUGUUCGCCAGAGCGUAGCAGUGGAGAGACUGCACCUCUCCAUGCCUCUCAAGGCCAGCCGCAAGGUCUCGUCCCAUCUCCCGAAGGUUACGAAGCAGCCCCUGAUGCUGGAAGCUCCAGCUGAGACCUUUCUGUGGAAACCCAGGAGAGACGCUGCGGCUCUGAGUCUCUCCGAGCCUCUGCCCCCAAUCAGACCAUCUGGGGAGCAGAGAGAGGGGCCGUGCGAGGGGCUGGAGGAGCCCAGGAACCCUGACGGAGCCGAAGAGGCCGUUGGAUCCUUCUUCAUGACUCAGGUGGAGGAUGUGCCCAGGCCCCCUCUGCAACCUGUGGCAGAGGACAGGCUGGAGAGGACGAGGAGCGAGCAGAGGGAAGAAGGAAGCUCCCUGGCUGUUUCAGGGCGAUACAGAGGUUACGAGGAGCUGCUCGGCGGAGACACGGACCCAGAUUUCAUCGAGCCAGUUGGGAUACAGAAGAACGUCCAGGCACUAAACUACCUCCUGAAACACCCCUUGGUUUAUCGGGACUCCAAGGCGCGACUGGACAGUGUGCAGAAACCCUACGUGCCUUGGAAAAAGUCUGGGAAGAUGCCUGGCCUGCCGGCCCGAAAGACAAAAGCAGAGGUACUAGAAGGGAUCCUGAUGGCCAUGCGAAAUACCACAACCAUCACUGAAGUCCCCCUAGUGUCUGUUUUGCAAGAGAAGAAAUCCAGCCCCAAAACAUAUCGGGAAGCACUGAGGCUAAUGAAGGACUUCCAGGAGGUGUACAGGACUCCUCCAGUGGCCCCUGACGAGGAGCAGGCUCGAGAGGAGGACAGCCCUUUGGAUGAGAUGCCAGCAAUAAAAGCCCUCCUCAUGGAGGUGGCUUCCAAGCAGUGGAGCUCCAAACAGUUAGAGCUGCCAAGGAAGAGAGUGGCCAAGAAGAUGCUCAAAGUGAAGUCUGCAGUAUAGCCAUGGUUGAAUAAAGCAUCCCACCCCGUUGUCCUCCUAGGUGAGAUUUUAUGUUACUUUGUAACUUGUUUGGAGCUAGUUUUUUUCCUCCGGAGGUUUGAAAAUGCAGUGCAGUGAGUGAAAGGAUUCAUCUGCGGCUUUCAGCCAGCGACUUCCAACUUAAAGCACCACUACAGCUCGAUUCCCUCAAUGACAGUGCCUGAAAACCAUGCUUGCUCACUGUCCUGCCCGUAGUUACUGUGAAAUAUGGUGUGCACCAGCUAUCCUUGUAGAAAACUAAUUUGUAAGAGACCUGCCACCCGCUGCAGCACACGGCUGCCAAGCGGCAGAGCUACGUGGCAGCGAUGUGACUCUGCCUAGACCUUAUCCCAGGUACCUGCAAUUUUAUCAGCGGGGCCAGUCUGACAGUUGCCUGAAGAACCUCUAGGAGGAAACGGUGUGCUCGCCCUACAAAUGAGAAGGCAAGGAGAAGAAGUGAGAAUAGCUACAGCUGUUUAAAUAAAGAGCUAAGAACUUCCAAGCAGUGCCUCCUUCUCCUUAAAAAAGCAGAUAGGUGACCGUGAAAAGCUGGUAUUUAGUGUGAGGCCUCGGGAAAGAAGAGAGUGUACACGGAGUGCCAUUAGAUGGGCAGAAAUACUGCUACCAAAAAUCCU